AUGAUCUCUGGCCUUGCCUACUGCUUUGUGAUAUCUAUGAGAAACGUCAGAUGCCUUCGUAGCUCCGCCCCCCCCCAGCUGCUAUGGAGCGGCCCGGAGCAUCGCCGCCGUGCUGACCCAGCUACCCGAGAGGCCACGCCCUAUUCCCGCCUGACUUCUGACCCGGUCACCCGACAGACCACGCCCCUUUCCCGCCUGACUUCUGACCCGGUCACCCGACAGGCCACGCCCCUUUCCCGCCUGACUUCUGACCCGGUCACCCGACAGACCACGCCCCUUUCCCGCCUGACUUCUGACCCGGUCACCCGACAGACCACGCCCCUUUCCCGCCUGACUUCUGACCCGGUCACCCGACAGGCCACGCCCCUUUCCCGCCUGACUUCUGACCCGGUCACCCCACAGACCACGCCCCUUUCCCGCCUGACUUCUGACCCGGUCACCCGACAGGCCACGCCCCUUUCCCGCCUGACUUCUGACCCGGUCACCCGACAGGCCACGCCCCUUUCCCGCCUGACUUCUGACCCGGUCACCCCACAGACCACGCCCCUUUCCCGCCUGACUUCUGACCCGACCACGCCCCUUUCCCGCCUGACUUCUGACCCGGUCACCCGACAGACCACGCCCCUUUCCCGUCUGACUUCUGACCCGGUCACCCGACAGGCCACGCCCCUUUCCCGCCUGACCUCUGACCCGGUCACCCGACAGACCACGCCCCUUUCCCGCCUGACUUCUGACCCGGUCACCCGACAGACCACGCCCCUUUCCCGACUGACUUCUGACCCGGUCACCCGACAGGCCACGCCCCUUUCCCGCCUGACCUCUGACCCGGUCACCCGACAGAUCACGCCCCUUUCCCGUCUGACUUCUGACCCGGUCACCCGACAGACCACGCCCUUUUCCCGCCUGACUUCUGACCCGGUCCCUGACCCCGACAGACAUUUUGCCACGAGUCACGGCCAAGUUCGGUGGGGCCUCCUCCGCCUUCAUGGAGCCACGCUCUGGGCUCCCUCUUCGGGCCUGCCGCUCUCCGGGCGUCUCGCUGCCAGCAGGGCCUCUGCACAAGCCCCGGCACUUCCAGUCUCCCCGGCGCUAUGA